CGCCUCUGCUUAUCGAUAACAAGCAACGAAUCGUUUAGAAUUUAUAAAGAAGAAAAACAUAAAGCCAACAUGAGCGACAGCGGUGUUUUCGCCUUCGAGCUUGGCGAUGACCUAGCCACACGCUGUGGCAAUACACUCACUGGCGUCUUUGUGCCGGGCUCACGAAUCGCACUCAGCGCCUACCGGCAUGUGACGCACAGUUCGCGGGAUGAGCCCACAGAGAAUGCUGGACAGGUUCCGGUGCUCAUCUACAUGGCGCAGGAGUCGACGCUGUUCGACGAACCCGUUCUCCGCAGCGUACUCGCCGAGGCGAAUGCCACGUUCGCCACGCUGCAACAGUUGGGUUCGCGGGCCACACGUGCCGAGUAUGUGAAUAUAUCCCGGGCAUACAGGAGCAUUGUGCGCUCAUGCCUGGAGAAGCUGGAGCAGGCAAAAAAAUCGCCGGAGGUUCAGACAGAUGAGGCGCGCCUGCAACGCUUAUGUGAUGCCAUCGUUGUGUUCUAUGCGGCAGAAUGCCUGUGGCAUCUCUUCGAGAUUCUGUACAUUCAGAGCAAUCAGCUGGUGGUGCCGCAGCUGCUCGACUGGGCGCGUUUCCACUCGCCGCACGCAGAGGACAGAGCCACGGAUCUACUGCUCAUGGGAGAGGAGGCCAGCGAAUCUGAUGACUAUUGGAGCAUUGUCAAAUCACUCAUUAUGCUGGGCGAAAUAGAUGUUACGAGAGCAGUUCUCUCGCAGAAUCGCAAAGCUGGACAAACGAGCUUCAAGGCGGCCGAACAGAUCCUGAAGUCCAUGCCAGUGUAUCAAGAGGGCUAUGCCCUGCAGAAGUUUCACUCGCAGUGGGAGUUCUGGCACGUGGAUACGGAACGCAAGAUUCAGUCCGGCUUAUUUGCCACGGAGCCGGAGCUGGAGCAGUUGAUUCGUCUGGUCGCCGGCGACAGCGAGCAGUGGGAUGCUGGCAUCAAAGAGUCCCAGGAUUUCUAUGAAUACCUGCCAGGAUACCUGCUCUUUACCAAGCCCACCUGCAAACCCUUUGAGCUGAAAAUAGCGGCAGCCAAAUGGCUAAACCGAUGGUGUCUUCUCCGGCCGGAAAGAGAGCAGUGCAGCAUGAACCGCAUGGUUUCUCAGCUUAUGGAUCACGAUCUUAGACUAUUUAUAUACGAUGCUCAAAAACUUAACGACACACACUGGUUCUCAACGCAUUUGAUUGAUCUUAUCCAUCAUUGUGGUCAGCUGAAGAGCUAUUUCGAUCAGAACAACAUCGAUCUUCCGGCCCUGCGUCACUCAAUGAUCUAUGAGUACGGCAGCUAUCUGAUGACGUCCCACAAUAUGUGGCAACUGGGCAUCGACUAUCUGGACUGUUGCAAGCAGGAGGGUCAGGCGGCUAUCGAGCUGCUUUUGCCCCGAAUCACUUUGCGCAGCGAGCGGCAAGCCACCAAGCUUAUUAACCUGGCCAGGCAGCGCGGGCUCAUAAGCGUAGAACGGGAGAUCUGCAAGGUGCUUUCAAAGCGAUCCUACGAUAACGAGCGUUAUGGAAACGCCCUGGAAUGGGCCAUUCGCUCCAAGGAUGUGCUGCUGGUUACGGCGGUAGCUGACUUUAUUUUAAAGCAUUACUCGAAAACUGGCUGCAUGCUUUGCCCGGACACCAUUGCCAAUGUCGGUGGCCGAAUGUUUGCCUCACCGCGCUUGGUGUUUCUCUCCAAGUACUUUGAGUUCUAUGAGUUCUACCGUACCCGUGAUUUUCUUUCUGCCUCCGAGCUGCUGGUGAAUCUUUUGGAAUCCAAAAUUACGCCAGACUACUUUUGGCCAUCGUUGCUCAUCGAUUCCAUGCCACUGCUAGAGUCCAAAGAUCCGAAGAUCUUCGCCAAGGAAACGGUGGCCAUUCUGCAUCACAUUGAAACCGAUCUGGUGCCCAUCAUCGAACGCGAUGUGUCCAAAUAUGGAAAACACCACACAGAAACCGUGUUCAAGGACUAUCGGGUGGAGAACGUUGACGAAAUCAUGAACCUCCUGCGCCUGGCCUGCGCACGCAAUUUGGCCCGAGCAUUGAUCAUUGAGAACACUUUGCCCGUGGUGUGAUUUUGAAUGCAUUUUUAAUGUAAUUUAUUUUGUAUUUUUCGCUUUUCCAAUACAUCGUAAUUUGUUAUAG